AUGAACACUGCUGCUAAGACGUACUUUGAGGUAAGACGCAGGGUCCGCGGCCGGGCGUCCUUCUCCAGGGCCAGCGUGGUCACCAGCUGCCCGGUCCCGUAUGCGGGACUCUGGUCGUGGGGCGCGGGCUUUGGCCAGGGAAGAAGCUCACCUGGGCGGCGGGGGCGGGGAGCGCGGGGACAGGGGAUCCUUCGCCCGCCUGUGCGCGCUUUGGGCGCCGCGUCCCAGGAGCCCGGGCCAAAGCCCCGCCGGCUGGGAGGGGCAGCUGCGGGCCAGGACUGGGCGGGAUCGGGAGAGCCUGCCCCGCCCCGCGCCGCUCCCGCUAGGCCCCCGCAGCAAGUCGCAGCAAGUCCCGGACGGCCGGCUUAUAAUAGCCGGCUAUGGCGGGUCUCACACCUGGGACUGGGCGCUCGCUAUGGCUUCAGGAGGGCUGUUCCGAGCUGCAGCUCCCGCCCUGAGCGCCGCUCCGAGUCCGUUGUCCCUGCAGCACCCCUUGGGCCCGCGCCCUGGGCGGUGCCGUGGGACAGGGGAGGCCCUUUGGUCUCCCACCUGCAACUGGCCCUGGGUCGCAAGGCGCGCCUGUGGCGGGGGGCCAACCCCAGGCAGCCCGAGAUCUGCCACAAGGUCCGGGCCCUCGUGCUGUGGCUCCUGGAGCUUAACAUUUUUUACUUCUCCCAGACCACUUUUAACCUGGCUCUCAAAUUCGGCCGCCUCCUGGUUUCAUUAAAGAUAAGAGGGUGAAUACUCUAAAAUGCCAUGAUUACUUCCUUGAGACUUGCUGCCAAAGUUAACGAAGAAGAGGAGUUACUUCCACAAGGAAAAGACUUCUUAAAGCACUAGGGCUCUCGCUAUACCCCGAAUGAGCUGCUGAGGACAGAGCUGGCUAUCUUGGACAAACUGCACUGGGACCUCUGUAUUGUGACGCUACGGGACUUCUUGACCACAUUCCACACCCUGGUGGUCGUGGGCUGGCCCCACGUGGUGGAGCUGCUGCCUCAGAGGAAUCCUUCCCUCCACGUCGCGUCCCUGACCAGGCAGCUGCAGCACUGUAUGGCGGGCCACCAGCUGCUGCAGUUCAAGGGUUCCACACUCGCCUUGGUCAUCAUCACCUUAGAGCUGGAGAGGCUCAUGCCCGACUGGUGUACUCCUAUAUCUGAUCUGCUAAAGAAAGCACAGGUAGACAUCAACUUUGCCCCAGACCAGGCUUUCCACUUUGCCCAUGUAGCUGACGCACUCUGCCCCCAAAAUGGUAGCAUCACUCUUCUUGGCCCCUGUGGGCUCCAGAAGAUGCUCUGGCCGUAGUGACUCUAUGAAGAGUCUCCCUAAGGCCUAGGCUUUGCACACUUAGUAUGCACUCUGGACGAAUAUGGGAUAUGUUUCCUUUACUGGACCAGAUAGUGGGUUUCUCUGACAGUAAGAAGAGCUUCGUCUCAGUGGCAGCCCUUGAGGUUAAGGGGAUGGGGUGAGGUCAGGGGGACAUGCACAGCUCAGGAGGAGGCCACCCUGAGCUUAAUAUGGGAGAGGUUAAAUUUCAAACCCCCACCCUUUAUAGGACUAUAUGGGACCGGGUAUGGGGGUUCCAUGAGGCAGGCAUGGAAGGGUUAGAAUCCCUGAGGAUGGACAGGGUAAGAUGGAAUGUACAGUUAGACUAACGACAACUUUACUAAGGUGGAGGUGGAUGUCCCUGAGAUGGUGGUGCCCUUAAGUUGAGUGGUUAGACCUUCCUGAAAUUGCUCUAUGCUAAUAUUUUAGCACUCAAAAUUUGACUUAGAAUGUAAAAUGGUUCUGUUUCAAAGAUGAAGACUCUAUUUUAAUUAUAGGUCAGUACUGAGCAGUUGAGCCCCUGCAAAGGACUGGUAAAGCAGCAUCUGGGAAGUGUGUAGUCCAGCUCAGAUACCUUCUGUUCCGCUUGCCAGCCUCUGUGCCCCUAACCCUAGUAUCCUUUAGAGCCUAAUGGCAACCCCUUCUUGCUGGGACUCUUCUGACUUCUAGGCUUUAUGGAUCGUGUGACAAGGCAGGAAGAAGACACUGAAAGCAACUGAGAAAAAGUUCCUGAGUCUUUAGAGGCAAUAAAGAGAAAAAAGGCAGGUCACGGUCACUGGUGGGAAGGGUAGUCUAAAAAACCAAGCCACUGCUUGGUUUUAGGAAUGAAGAAUCAUAGUGCCACUCGGUUUUCCUUCUGCAGCAAGGGCUAGUAUGGGUCCCUCAGGGAGCUGGAGUCAAGACAGUGGUGGGCCUUGCUUGGGUCUGAAGAGUGGGGCUGGUUCUUACUGACCAGUUCUCGCUGCUCUACCAGCCAGAGCUGGCCAGGUUCUUCCAGCUCCCCAGGUUUGUACCAAGCACAAACCUAGCAGUUCAAGUCCCAGUGACCCUGCCCAUCAUUGCAAAAAUGGGACCAUCUCUCCAGGUGCAUUUCCUCUGACUUGGCCCUGACUUAGAUAUUCUCUUACAAAAACUAGAUCAUAAAGGAUGCUUUGUUUAAUGUACAGUAAUUUGAUCAAGCUUAAAAUAUAUUUUUUCCUGUUACUCUGAAAGUAGUCUAUUAGCUUAAUUAGAGGAAUUUUGUGUGAAAGAAUGAUCUCAGCCACCGACCCCCAAAGGGGGAACACAGCUCAGAGAGCUUUGGGUUCAGAUGAGCAGCUUCUGAGGCUGCGUCUGCUCAGCCAUGGUGCUGCUGGGAGGAGCUUCCCAGCACAGCUGAGAGGGAGAGGCCCACUGCUGUCUGACACAGUGACACCACAGAGCCGUUCCCUAGACAGCCAUCUCUGCCAGCUGGAGCCCUGUCAGUAGUGUGGAGGAUAGGAGUGACUGAACCACGUAUUUACCAGUCAUUUGUGAAGUCUUUCCACCCUGAGCAGUUUUUUGUAAAUGCACUAAGCCACGGGGACUGCUCGUAGGUGCAGAGUGGCCAGAGACCAGAUAAACUGUACUAGUGUCUGUGCAAAUCUCUACCUUUUCUCCACACAGAUUUGCUUGUUGGAGCUUUUGUAAAAAUAAACUUG